UGCAAGUUUAUUUUUUCUUAGGAUUAUUUCAUUGUGUGUAGUUUCUGGCGAUAUACUAGCAAUUUAGUUUGUGUAAUCUUGCAUGUGUACAGUUACGGUUUUAAAAGUUACAUUGGAAGACGAAGUUCAAAUAUUAGUUUAAUAUUUAUUAAGGGAGAGAAACCGUCGAAUAUGAAGAGGAUUCAAACGAAAGUGCGGAUAAUGUGUCUUGCUGUAAUACCAUUCGUUGUAAUACACACAUUGACAAAUAUGUAUCUUCUCAAGUUUUUCGGUCAAGGAAGUUAUGAAACGACGUUUGUUUUAAACCAAAGAAUUUAUAACAAAAAAAGUGACUCCAGUUCAAGGCAAUUGCAAAAUAAUCAUGAUAAAUACAGCAGGAAUGAUAAUUCAAUAAAGAUGAGCCAGCUUGACAACUUAAAGAAAGGGCUGAAUGAAAGGUCAGAAAACAAGUAUAAAGUAUCUCCUGAAGAUAAGCUUAUAAGAACUGUAAAUGACGACGCAUUAGUUAUGAUGAAGGAUAAAUCAGUUGAUAGAAUGGUUGAGAAAUUAAAGAUGGCAAACGACUAUUUCUUCUUUCCCAAUUAUUUUUGGAAUAUCAGUCUACAUGAUCUUACGAGACGACUGGGUGUUAAUGCAAGACGACAAGCAAAGACAUUGCCCAAAUAUGCCCGCAUGAAACAUUCUAGUGGGAAAGUACCAGCCUGGAAGUUAUUUCACAGAAACAUCCGUCGGUUCUCUCUGUACGAUCCAGAUGAUCCAAACAUGUAUACUAUGUUAAAUGAAAUGACCACACUGCCUAUGAUAGAAGCAGUCGACAAUAUCUAUGGCACUCAGCUUAAAUUAACUGUUAGAUUUAGUAAUGAGGGAAGAGCAGUAAUUAAGUUCAUGAGGUAUCCCAGACAGAUUGAGGCUGACGAGAACCGCUAUAUUUUUGAUGAUCUAGAAAGGCAUGUUGCAGAGAUAGCUGCGUUCCAGCUUGACAAUAUACUUGGGUUUUAUCGAGUACCUCCAACCAUCGGAAGACUGGUAAACAUUACAUCAGAACUAGAGCCAAUCAUGCCAAAGUCAGUACGAGUUACGCUCUUCAAAUCACCAGCGGGAAAUCUGUGUUUCUACGGUGAAUGUGACUACUACUGUGACAGUGCGCAUGCGUUCUGCGGACAUCCAGAUAUGAUAGAAAUUUCAGUGCAGAGUUACCUCCCGUCAACAAAUAUUGCUGAUCGAAGAGAUUGGUAUCAACCAUGGUGCCGUUCUUACAGUCUAUCCCAUAAGGCAUACUGGGAGAAACAUGAAGAUCUCUGUGACUCUAUUCGCAACGAAUAUCCAUACAACAACGGCAAACUUCUUUUGGAUAUCAUAGAUGCACAUACAUUUGACUUUUUAACAGGUAACAAGGACAGACAUAGUUUUGAGACGUUCAUAGAUUUUGGCAACUUCACAUUUCCAAUUUUGUUCGACAACGGAAGAGGAUUCGGGCGACAGACAUAUGAUGCCAUGUCCAUUUUAGCACCUUUACGACAGUGUUGUUUGAUACGGAAAUCGACGUUGCUGAAAUACGUUAAAUUAUACGUUGGUCCUGAAAGACUUAGUGUUCUAAUGGAAAAAGCUUUAGAGGCGGAUCCUUUAGCGCCAGUGUUAAUUAAACCACAUUUAAAUGCUUUAGACAGGCGGCUGUUGAAAAUUUUACAAGCAGUUGCUGAGUGUAUAGAAAAAUACCCAGUGAAUAAAGUAGUGGUGUCUGAUAGAUUCUGAAAAUAUUGCUGAAAAUAGUAAUUUGCUUGAAAAAAAGAACGGUUGUAUGUGUUUUUAAGAAUGUAUAUUAAUAUGGUUACCACAGUUGUUGAUGGGCAAAUGCUGCAAUGAAGAAUCCAUUUAUAUGAACAAUGUAGCAAAUUUAGUUAUAUUAACGUUGACUUGAAAGGCUAAAAUAUUGUGUAUCUGAAAGUGUCUUAAGUUGUUAAGAAAUUAAGUGCACUUUAGUAAUUUGGUAAUGAAUUUCUCUGAAAAAAAAAUCCCGUCAAUAAGAAUGACUGGAAUUUUAACAAUGAUUUAAUUAUAGAUGUCAUUACAUGUAUUUAGAAUUUAGAAAUAUAAUAUGAUUACACUUCAAAAUGUACCAAUCAUGUUUAGGACUGGAAAAACAAAUUACAUACAUAAUAUCAAUAGAUUUGAACAAUUGAUCGAAACGCAAAAAGUUAACGAUGUAUAUGGACAGGAUAGGCGACAUUACGUUAACGAUGUAUAUGAGCAGGAUAGGCGACAUUACGUUAACGAUGUAUAUGAACAGGAUAGGCGACAUUACGUUAACGAUGUAUAUGAACAGGAUAGGCGAUAUUACGUUAACUAUGUAUAUGAACAGGAUAGGCGACAUUACGUUAACGAUGUAUAUGAACAGGAUAGGCGAUAUUACGUUAACGAUGUAUAUGAACAGGAUAGGCGACAUUACGUUAACGAUGUAUAUGAACAGGAUAGGCGACAUUACGUUAACUGAUUUAAAAACCUGUUGUAUCAUAAUUAUAAUAAAAGAUGUAAUUAUUAGACGGGUGAAAAAGACGACGGAUAUGGUGCCAGGAAAUGAAUGAUAGUACCUGCAGUAUUAUUAUUAUACAUAGCGAUAGCACGUCUUAAAAUGUAAAUUCCUCUCCUCUCAUUGCUCGGUAACUGGUCGCAUGGAGAGCCAUAGAAAGUGAUAUUCACUGCAAAGAGUAACUCUUGUAAACAAACUUGACAGAAUAAUUACUCGUCGAAACAAAAUACAUGUUUUGUGCACAUGCCUCAGAGAGGUAUACGUUCGUAAGUGCGUGCGUUUUCAAUUUCUAAAGUGCAUUAGUUCAAAGUCUUUGUUGAUUAAAACUAAUCUAUUCAAGAAAAUUAACGUAAACAAAUGCUGAAUGUUCAACCGAUCCAGUAUGUGCCACUUUGACUGCUAGUUAAUAUUUAGCGACUAUGUGACAAUAUUUUACCAAAAGUAACAUACAUGUUUUCUUUGAAAGCAUCAUUAUUAUGUUAAUGUAUUUCAUUCCUAAACAAGCAAAUACAAAUCAAAUAGCUCAUUCAGAAGCUCUCAUUUCAAUGUGCUAUUUCCUGCGAACUAUGUGCAAUUUUAAAGAGAAUGCAUAGCUAACAUAUACAUGCCGCUUCGUUAAUUAUUGUCAUCGUGCAAUUUGUUUGAUGAGA